AUGGCGAAUUUAGACGGCGGCGCGGAGGAGCAGGUCAGAUUGAAGCAGUAUGGGUACAAGGCGAAUUCCAAUCUGGUUCUCAGCAGUGACGAGCGUCAUCGUCAGACUCACGAACCUAGUGGAGAAGCGGAGACUCUCAGAGGGAAGAUUGAUCCUAAAUCCUUUGGAGAUCGCGUUUUCAAGGGAAGGCCUCAUGAGUUGGAUGAGAGGUUGAGCAAGUCGAGGUUGAAGAAGAAGAAGGAGCGUGAGUCUGCGGAUGAUGAUACGGUGUUCGCUCGAGAUAGCAAGAGACGUCGUCUUAGGGAGGAGAGUGUGCUUACUGAUACGGAUGCCGGCGAUUAUCAGCCCAAGACUAAGGAGACGGGAUUUGCUUAUGCGGCUAUGCUUGAUCUUAUUCAGAAGCAAUUGGGUGGGCAGCCUGAGAGUAUUGCUCGUGGUGCGGCGGAUGAAAUUUUGGCUGUUCUGAAGAACGAAUCCGUGAAAAACCCGGAGAAGAAGAUUGUGAUCGAGAAGCUGUUGAGCGCUAUUCCUAAUCAGAUUUUCGAUCGGCUUGUUUCGCUUAGUAAAUUGAUCACGGAUUAUCAAGAGGGUGGUGAUUCUGGUGGUGGUAAAGGUAGUGAGGAUGAAGGACUUGAUUGUGACUUGGGUGUUGCUAUUGAAUUUGAGGAGAAUGAAGGAGAAGAAGAUGAGGAGAGUGAUCUUGAUAUGGUCCAGGAGGAUGAGGACGAAGACGCUGUUGAACCUAACAGAAGUGGAGGUGUGCAGGUGAGUGUGGCGAUAAAUGGUAAGGAUGCAGGACACGUGAACGAGGGCUCGAGUCUUAAUGUCCAGGAAAUUGAUGCUUAUUGGCUCCAGAGGAAGAUAUUCCAAGUGUAUGAAGAGAAGAUUGAUCCACAGGAGUGCCACGUACUCGCAGAAGAGCUGCUUAAGAUACUUGCUGAGGGGGACGACAGGGAUGUUGAGAACAAGCUGCUGCAGAAACUUGAGUACGAAAAGUUCAGCCUUGUUAAGUUUCUGCUGCAGAACCGGCUUAAGGUUGUGUGGUUCACUCGUUUGGCUAGGGCAAGAGACCAGGAAGAGAGGAAUCAGAUUGAGGAGGAGAUGAUGGGGUUGGGACCAGAGUUAGCAGCAAUUUUGAAGGAGUUGCAUGCAAAAAGAGCCACAGCCAAAGAAAGAGAGGAGAGCCGUGAAAAGAAAAUCACAGAAGAAGCAAGAGGCCUUAAGGAUGAUUCUGGUGGAGAUGGAGAUGGAGACAGAGGCAAGAGAGGUGUUGAUGAUAGAGAUUUAGAGAAUGGUUGGUUGAAGGGUAAGCGUCAGAUGCUGGACCUGGAGAGCAUGGCUUUUAAGCAAGGUGGUUUCGUGAGUGAAAAUAACAAGUGUAAGCUUCCGGAAAAAUCUUUCAGAAUUCCCGGGAAGGAUUUUGUUGAGUUUCAUGUGCCAUGGGUAUCUAAAAAGGUUGAUAGUAAUGAAAAGCUUGUGGAAGUCACCGAUAUGCCAGUUUGGGCUCAACCGGCUUUUAAGGGAAUGCAGAAGUUGAACAGGGUUCAGAGCAAAGUGUAUGAGACUGCCCUGUUUAAGGCUGAGAACAUUCUUCUUUGUGCUCCAACUGGUGCGGGGAAGACCAAUGUUGCUGUGCUCACCAUGCUGCGUCAACUUGAGAUGAAUAAGAACCAAGAUUACAAAAUUGUCUAUAUUGCACCCAUGAAAGCCCUUGUUGUUGAGGUUGUGGAUAAUCUAUCUAAACGCUUGAAGGAUUAUGGAGUUACUGUGAAGGAACUCAGUGGAGAUCAGUCCCUUACACGGCAUGAGAUCGAAGAGACGCAGAUAAUUGUUACAACGCCAGAGAAGUGGGAUAUCAUCACCAGGAAGUCUGGGGAUCGCACUUACACUCAGCUUGUGAGGCUUAUUAUCUUUGACGAAAUUCAUCUUCUCCAUGAUAAUCGAGGGCCUGUACUUGAAAGUAUUGUCGCAAGGACUCUUAGGCAGAUCGAAACCACGAAGGAGCAUAUUCGUUUGGUGGGUUUAUCGGCGACAGUGCCAAAUCAUGAAGACGUGGCUUUAUUUUUGCGUGUGGAUCUCAAGUCUGGGUUGUUUAAAUUUGGGAACAGCUACAGACCCGUGCCUCUCGCUCAGCAGUAUAUUGGAGUUACGGUGAAAAAACCAUUGCAGAGGUUCCAGUUGAUGAAUGAUAUAUGUUAUCAGAAAGUAUUGGCUGGUGCUGGAAAACACCAGGUGCUUAUUUUUGUCCAUUCGAGGAAUGAAACAGUUAAAACUGCAAGAGCAAUACGAGACACCGCAAUGGCAAACGAUACUCUCAGCAGAUUCUUGAAGGAAGAUGGUCAAGCUCGUGAGAUUCUUAAGAGUCAGAGUGAACUGGUCAAGAGUAGUGACCUGAAAAGUCUUCUGCCUUAUGGUUUUGCAAUUCAUCAUGCUGGGUUGACAAGGAGUGAUCGUCAGAUAGUUGAGGAUCAAUUUCGUUUAGGAUAUGUGCAAGUCUUAGUUUCUACGGCAACUCUUGCCUGGGGUGUGAAUUUGCCUGCACACACUGUCAUUAUCAAAGGAACCCAAGUCUAUAAUCCUGAGAGAGGGGCGUGGAUGGAGCUGAGUCCUCAAGAUGUUAUGCAGAUGAUUGGUCGUGCCGGUAGACCUCAAUAUGACAAACAUGGGGAGGGAAUAAUAAUCACAGGCUACAGCGAGCUGCACUAUUAUCUUUCUUUGAUGAAUGCGCAACUACCUAUUGAAAGCCAGUUUAUUUCCAAACUUGCUGAUCAGCUUAAUGCCGAGAUUGUGCUUGGGACGAUUCAGAACGCUAGAGAAGCUUGUCACUGGCUUGGCUAUACAUAUUUAUACGUCCGCAUGGUUCGUAAUCCGACACUGUAUGGCUUACCGUCUGAUGCCCUUGCAAAAGACGUAUUAUUAGAGGAGAGAAGAGCUGACCUGAUACAUUCUGCCGCUACUAUCUUAGACAAGAACAACCUGAUUAAGUAUGACAGAAAAAGUGGAUGCUUCCAGGUUACUGAUCUGGGACGCAUUGCCAGCUACUACUACAUAACCCAUGGGACAAUAGCUACAUACAAUGAGAAUUUGAAGCCAACAAUGAGUCAGAUAGAGCUUUGUCGUCUGUUCUCACUCAGUGAGGAGUUUAAGUAUGUCACUGUUCGACAAGAUGAGAAGAUGGAACUGGCAAAACUUUUGGAUCGUGUUCCGAUCCCGGUCAAGGAGACACUGGAAGAGCCUAGUGCAAAGAUUAAUGUUUUGCUUCAAAUAUAUAUUUCAAAGCUAAAGCUUGAGGGUCAUUCUUUGACAUCUGACAUGGUGUAUAUCACCGAGAGUGCUGGGCGUCUUCUACGAGCUCUUUUUGAGAUUGUAUUGAAGAGGGGAUGGGCUCAACUGGCUGAUAAAGCUCUGAACUUGUCUAAAAUGGUAGCAAAGAGGAUGUGGAGUGUUCAGAAUCCUCUUCGGCAGUUUCAUGGUUUAAUUCCCAUUGAGAUUCUGGUGAGGUUGGAGAAAAAGGAUUUGGUGUGGGAGAGGUACUAUGAUCUAUCUUCGCAGGAGCUAGGAGAGCUUAUUCGCAAUCCUAAGAUGGGCAGGCCGUUUCACAAAAUCAUCCACCAAUUCCCAAAACUGAAUCUUGCAGCACAUGUUCAGCCGAUUUCUCGCUCUAUUCUGCAGGUGGAGCUCACUGUUACACCUGAUUUCCAGUGGGAUGACAAAGUACAUAACUAUGCUGAACCGUUCUGGAUAAUUGUGGAAGACAAUGAUGGUGAAAAGAUCCUUCAUCAAGAGUACUUUCUUUUGAAAAAGCAGUAUAUUGGUGAGGACCACACGUUGAACUUCACUGUGCCAAUCUCUGAGCCAAUGCCCCCACAGUAUUUCAUCCGAGUGGUUUCAGACAAAUGGCUUGACUCGCAGACUGUGUUGCCUGUAUCUUUCAGGUAUCUUAUUCUUCCAGAAAAGUAUCCACCACCCACGGAGCUACUGGACUUGCAGCCCCUUCCGGUGACGGCCCUAAAGAAUCCGUCUUAUGAACCUCUGUAUCAGGAUUUCAAGCAUUUCAAUCCGGUGCAGACUCAGGUAUUUGACGUUUUGUAUAACACAAGUGACAGUGUAUUGGUUGCCGCUGCCACAGGAAGUGGGAAGACUAUAUGUGCGGAGUUUGCUAUAUUGAGAAAUCAUCGUGAAGGACCUGAUUCUACAAUGCGUGUUGUCUAUAUCGCACCUCUUGAGGCGAUUGCCAAGGCGCAGUUUCGUGAUUGGGAGAGAAAGUUUGGGAAGGGACUUGGUUUACGGGUUGUUGAGUUAACCGGGGAGACAGCAUUGGAUCUUAAGCUGCUUGAGAAAGGUCAGGUAAUCAUAAGCACUCCUGAGAAAUGGGACGCUCUGUCCCGCAGAUGGAAACAGAGAAAACAUAUUCAGCAGGUUAGUUUGUUUAUCGUCGAUGAGCUUCACUUAAUCGGGGGUCAAGGUGGUCCAGUGAUGGAGGUGAUUAUCUCUAGAAUGAGAUAUAUUUCAAGUCAGGUCGGGAAUAAGAUCAGGAUUGUUGCAUUAUCGACUUCUGUUGCAAAUGGCAAAGACCUUGGGGAGUGGAUUGGGGCCAGUUCCCGUGGCCUUUUCAACUUCCCGCCUAAUGUUCGUCCUGUCCCCCUGGAGAUCCACAUUCAAGGGGUGGAUAUAUUGAGUUUUGAAGCAAGGAUGCAAGCGAUGACUAAGCCAACAUACACUGCCAUAGUCCAGCAUGCCAAGAACAAGAAACCAGCUAUCGUUUUUGUCCCGACCCGUAAACAUGUCCACCUCACUGCUGUGGAUCUGUUGGAAUACUCACACUUCGACAACACGCAGAGCCCUGAUUUCCUGUUCGGGAAUCCAGAAGAACUUGAGCCUUUUGUUAGCCGAGUUGGCGAGAAAACUCUGAAGGAAACUUUGCGCCAUGGCAUUGGCUACUUGCAUGAGGGUUUAAGCAGUCUGGAUCAGGAGAUUGUGACUCAGCUUUUUGAGGCUGGACGGAUUCAGGUAUGCGUAAUGACUAGUUCAUUGUGUUGGGGUACUCCGUUGAUGGCGCAUUUGGUUGUUGUAAUGGGGACGCAGUUCUUUGACGAGCAGGAAAAUUCUCAUUCGGAUUACCCAAUCUCUGAUCUGCUCCAGAUGAUGGGGCGUGGUAGUCGACCUCUGCUUGACGACGCCGGGAAGUGUGUGAUUUUCUGUCACGCACCACGUAAAGAGUAUUACAAGAAAUUUCUGUAUGAUGCCUUUCCUGUUGAGAGUCAUCUUCAACAUUUCUUGCAUGAUAACUUCAACGCGGAAGUGAUUGCUGGGGUUAUAGAGAACAAACAAGAGGCUGUGGAUUAUCUUACCUGGAGCUUCAUGUACAGGAGGCUUCCUCAGAACCCUAACUACUACAAUCUCCAGGGAGCGAGCCACAGGCAUUUAUGUGAUCACCUCUCAGAGCUCGUCGAAAACACGCUCUCUGAUCUUGAACUGAGUAAAUGCAUUGAGAUAGACAAUGAGCUGGAUCUCUCUCCGCUCAAUCUCGGUAUGAUUGCUUCGCAUUAUUACAUUACUUACACCACCAUUGAGCGCUUCAGUACUCUCUUGACUUCCGAAACCAAGAUGAAGGGUCUUCUCGAGAUCUUGACUUCAGCUUCGGAGUACGACUCGAUUCCUAUACGUUCUGGUGAAGAGGAGAAAGUUCGGAGACUCAUCAAUCACCAGAGGUUCUCUUUCGCUAACCCGAAAUGCACAGACCCUCAUGUGAAGGCGAACGCGCUCCUUCAGGCGCAUUUCUCGAGGCAGGAAAUCAGCGAGAAACUGGCAAUGGAUCAGCGCAAGGUCCUGUUAUCUGCAACAAGACUUCUUCAGGCGAUGGUGGAUGUGAUAUCGAGUAAAAGCUGUCUGAAUCUUGCUCUGUUAGCUAUGGAAGUAAGCCAGAUGGUGACUCAAGGCAUGUGGGAUCGAGACUCCACGCUUCUGCAGCUUCCUCACUUCACAAAGGACUUAGCCAAAAGGUGCCAAGAGAAUCCGGGGAACAGCAUUGAAACCGUAUUCGAUCUUGUGGAGAUGGAAGACGACAGACGCCAAGAGCUUCUCCAAAUGCCAGACGCUCAGCUUCUUGACAUUGCCAGAUUCUGCAACCGCUUCCCAAACAUCGACCUUACAUACGAAGUUGUGGACAGCAGCGAGGUAACCAUUAGGAAAGAAAUUACAUUGCAGGUAACGGUGGAGAGAGACAUGGAGGGGAGGACCGAGGUGGGACACGUGGACGCACCAAGAUAUCCCAAGGCUAAAGAAGAAGGGUGGUGGCUAGUCGUUGGAGAUGCGAAGACGAACCAGUUGCUUGCCAUCAAGCGAAUCUCUCUGCAACAGAAGGCCAAGGUGAAGCUGGCGUUUGCAGUACCGACUGAACCAGGAGAGAAGUCUUAUACGCUUUACUUCAUGUCCGAUUCUUACUUUGGUUGUGACCAGGAGUACACCUUCUCUGUUGAUGUCAAAGAUCACAUGGAAGAAUAG